GUUCCCUUGGUCCCCGUCUGGCCAGGACUGUGCCCAGUGGCAUGAGCUGCCCGUGGGCACUGCCAUCCUCGGUGCGGGCGCCCAUGGCAGGGACCCAGGGCGAGUUGCUGCUCCCCAGGCCCAGCCAGCCCUGAGCCCAGGGCAGCCUGGACAGCUUCCCCUGCCGUUAGCCCCCUGAGCAGGCCGAGGGGCUCCCUGAGGAGCUCUGGGCUUCAAGUCCCAGCCCCUCUUGGAGGAGGCGGCGGCCAAGGCGGCAGCCAGAGGCUUCUCAGCUCGGAGCUCCGGAGCCAGAUGUAACAUUGACCUUAAAUGGUAAAAGCUCCCCAGAGUGAAGAGAGGCUGGCCAGAGGAGGAACGGGGAAUAACUCAGUUUUAGCCUGCGGAGCCCAGGCCUCCCGGAGCAUCUUUGGGGCUGACGCAGCGGAGGUUCCGGGCACACGCGGCCACUCCCGCCAGGAGGCUGCCAUGCCCCACAUUCCCGAGGACGAGGAGCCCCCUGGAGAGCCACAGGCAGCCCAGAGCCCUGCCGGCCAAGGCUCUCCCACGGCAGGAAUAUCUUGCAGCCCACCUGCCAUUGUCCUGACUGGGGAUGCCACUUCACCAGAAGAAGAAACUGACAAAAACCUGGCCAACAGAGCUCCCAGUCCCCACAGGAGGCUUUCUCACCGACACUUGAAGGUUUCCACUGCUUCGCUGACUUCUGUGGACCCUGCAGGGCAUGUCAUCGACCUGGUAAAUGACCAGCUGCCCGACAUCAGCAUCUCAGAGGAGGACAAGAAGAAAAACCUGGCGCUGCUAGAAGAAGCCAAGUCAGUGAGUGAGCGAUUCCUGACUCGCCGUGGGAGGAAGUCCAGGAGCAGCCCCGGAGACUCCCCAGCAGCUGUUUCCCCGAACCUCAGCCCCGGAGCUUCUCCUGUGUCCUCUCGGAGCAACUCGCUCACCGUCCCCACUCCGCCUGGUUUGGAGGUGUGCAGUGGCCCACAGUCCCCUCUGCCUGGAGCCCCACCGCAGCAGAAGGGGAAUGAGGCCGAAGUCUCUUCACCUCUCUUUGGCGAGCCUAAUGUCCCCAAAGGGCUAGCUGACCGGAAGGAGAAUGACCAGAGGAAAGUGUCUCAGGGCAGGCUGACUCCUCGCUCUCCCACAGCUGAGAAGUCCAAAGAGAUUGCUAUAGAACAAAAGGAAAACUUCGACCCCCUUCAGCACCCCGGGGCCGCACCCAAGGGCCCAGCUUCUGGCACAGGCAGUGGAGGGAAGAUGGCCCUGAACAGUCCCCAGCCUGGCCCUGCUGAGAGCGAGCUGGGCAAGCUGCUCCUGAAGGCAGCCAGGGAGGGCAACCCUCUGCCCAGAAGUCCAGUCCCUGGCUCUGGAGGGGCGGCUCCCACAGCCCCCCAGGGAAAAGGCACAGCUGGAGAGCCGACAGGGUCCAAGGUUGGCUCCAAAGGCGAGCCACGUCCCCCUGUGUCCCGGCCCCCCUUGCUGCGGGGUGUUUCCUGGGACAGCAGCCCCGAAGAACCUGGUCCCCGGCUACAGAAAGUACUUGCCAAGCUACCACUGGCAGAGGAAGAGAAGCGUUUUGCAGGCAAAGCUGGCAGCAAGCUGGCCAAGGCACCUGGACUCAAAGACUUUCAGAUACAAGUGCAGCCCGUGCGGAUGCAGAAGCUGACCAAGCUCCGUGAGGAGCACAUCCUGCUAAGAAAUCAGAACUUAGUGGGGCUCAAGCUUCCAGAACUUAGUGAAGCCGCUGAACAGGAAAAAGGGCUCCCUUCUGAACUCUCCCCAGCUACUGAGGAAGAAGAGACAAAGAGUGGCUUGGAGGUCAUGCCCAAUAUUUCUGACAUGCUGCUGCGAAAGCUGCGGGUCCACAAGUCUCUCCCUGGAAGUGCCCCUCCACUCACUGAAAAGGAAGUUGAGAACGUGUUUGUACAACUGUCCUUGGCCUUUAGAAAUGACAGCUACACCCUGGAAUCUAGAAUUCACCAGGCUGAAAGGGAACGCAACCUGACAGAAGAGAACACAGAGAAGGAACUGGAAAACUUCAAAGCUUCCAUUACGUCCUCAGCUUCACUCUGGCACCACUGUGAGCACCGGGAGACCUACCAGAAGCUGCUGGAGGACAUCGCUGUCCUGCAUCGCCUGGCUGCUCGCCUCUCCAGCCGAGCCGAGAUGGUGGGGGCCGUCCGCCAGGAAAAGCGCAUGUCGAAGGCCACAGAGGUGAUGAUGCAGUAUGUGGAGAAUCUGAAGAGGACGUAUGAGAAGGACCAUGCGGAGCUCAUGGAGUUUAAAAAACUUGCAAAUCAGAAUUCAAGCCGCAGCUGUGGCCCCUCUGAAGACGGGGUCCCUCGCACAGCGCGGUCCAUGUCCCUCACGCUGGGAAAGAACAUGCCCCGCCGGAGGGUCAGCGUUGCUGUGGUUCCCAAGUUUAAUGCCCUGAACCUGCCCGGCCAGUCCCCCAGCUCAUCACCCAUCCCCUCCUUACCAGCCCUGUCAGAAUCAGCCAACGGGAAAGGCAACCUCCCUGUCACCUCAGCACUGCCUGCACUUUUGGAAAAUGGAAAGACAAAUGGGGACCCAGAUUGCGAAGCCUCUGCUCCCCUGCCGACUCCAAGCUGCCUGGAGGAGAUUAGCCAGGAGGCCAAGGCCAGGAUGGAGGAAGAAGCGUACAACAAGGGAUACCAGGAAGGUCUAAAGAAGACGAAAGAGCUUCAAGACCUGAAGGAAGAGGAGGAAGAACAGAAGAGUGAGAGUCCUGAGGAAGCUGAAGAGGCAGAAGAAACUGAGGAAGAGGAAAAGGACCAGAGAAGCAGCAAACUUGAAGAAUUGGUUCAUUUCUUACAAGUCCUGUAUCCCAAACUGUGUCAGCACUGGCGAGUCAUCUGGAUGAUGGCCGCAGCGAUGCUUGUCUUGACCGUUGUGCUGGGGCUCUACAAUUCCUAUAACUCUUGCAUGGAGCAGGCCGAUGGGCCCUUUGGGAGAUCCACUUGUUCAGCAGCCCAGAGGGACUCCUGGUGGAGCUCAGGACUCCAGCAAGAGCAGCCUACAGAGCAGUAGGAAACCUGAUGCCCAGCCAGUGCCCUGCUCCAGCACACAGCCAACUGCUCUUUCCCCAAGCACAGUGUGUCAGGCCCCGGUGUGGGCACACUGCCACCAGCCCUUCAGGGAAUGAGCAGUGGCUCUUUCAUGCUCAGCAUCCCAGUGGCAGCUAUUCAUACACAAUAACUGAUGUUCUUGGAAGAUCAACAAAACUGUCCUGGGAAAGCAUCUGGUAGACAAAGAAGUCACCUUCACCGAAAACUCUAAUGGAAGAGAAGGUCGCCUGCCCCUAGCUCAGAUGGACAGGAGAAAUAGAACACCUUCACUGUGGGGCACAGAAGCUCACUCUCCCAUUUCCUCCCCACAGUUGGCCAUCAGGAAGAAUUGUGCCUAAAGGCUAACUCUGACCCUGAGGACCAGACCUGGAAUUUGGAGUCGUGACGUGAAUAUCUUCCCAUUUCCCAUCUCAUUCUCACAGACUCUCCUUCAGCCUCCCCUUCUCCCCUUUGGAAUCAGAGUUUCUCUUUACAGAAGUAGAAAAGGGUUCUCAGAAAAUUAAUUAGGCUGAAUUUAGCUCAGUGCUUGAAAUGAAAUGGGAAGAUUUGAAUUAAUGUGUAUGCAUCUGAACACACACACAGCACACACAUACACACAGCAUGCAUGUGCAUGAAGCCAACAACCCUCCAAACGUGUGCUCUGGGUGUGUGUUCUGGAUAAAGCCAACCCACAGAUUUUCUCUAGGGGUGGGGCAGUCACCAGCGCCUGUUCAAUGAGCUCUCCACAUGGAUUUAAGAUGUUUGAAGAACAGAAAACUCAUGGCUUCAAUGGCGAGCUUGCUGGUUUCCAUUUCAAGUGCUAAUUCUAAGCUGCUGUACAGCAUGGUCUGUUCCUACUUGAUCUUUCCCAUUGAGAGCAGUUAACCCACCUCUCAGGGGAAGGAGGAGACACGGUGUGCUUUCAGCUUCCGUGUGCCCACAUGCAAGUGCGCAGUUCAGUUAGUGCUAUUAGUGCUUCCGUUCAAAGCGGGUUUCCGACCCGAGUAUGUUUCAGAGCAUUCCCGAAAGUUGAGCAUAACCCUGAGGGAGCCCAUCCCAUCUCCAAUGGGACUUCUCGCUCCACCUUCACAGCCACUGCCUGCAUUCAUCCCUCAUCAGUUUUGGGGGUUGUCGGUUUCCAAGUGGGUUUUAUUGUGGUCGUUUUGGUUUUGUUUUGUUGUUUGUUUUUGUUGUCAACACUCAUAUAGAAUUUACUAGGCCCAAACAUUCUUCCAGGUAUUAUCUAGGUAUUAUUUCAUUUAGUCCUCAAGACAAAGAAAAAACUAUGAGAUGGAUACGACUCAUCCCAUUUUCAGAUAAGAAAACUGAAGCACAGAAACCACAGGUAACUUGCCGAGGGCACCCAGUUAGUAAAUCAUGUGGCUGGGAUGCAAACCCAGGCGGGCUGGCUGCAGGAGCGGUGCUCUUAACCCUUCCACGAAAUUUCCUCUUCCAGUGGUCUCCUAACUGGAUGCCUGACCUUCCAGUCCCACUCCCCCAAGUGGCCCUUCAGCCACUCCAAACCACUUCUGAUUCCCAGACUUAAACUGCUUUUUCUCACAGCUCUGUUCCUCCACUCGCUAGUUUUUCUUCUGCCAUUCUCUUUGCUUCUGGUCACUCUCUUCAGGACCAAGUGCAAAAAUCAUACCCUCCCUACAGGCUUGGAUGUAAAAUAUUUUUUCAUAAGAGACACAUAAGUUGAUCAUAUAAGAAUCAUGGAUAGGAUGCUCGAAUUCAUAGGAAAGAGAUAGUUAGGAAAAGAGUUUUAAUAGUAAAAUUAAUUGUGUAUAGUUCUGGACCAGACCCACCGAAGGAGCUUUAGGCCCGCCGAGCCAAAGAUAGGAUGCCAGUGGAGCUCCCGAGAGAGCAGCCGUGGACGGGACCUCCCUCCAACUCGGCACCAUUCCCCGCAGAAUAGGCCACACCUCCUCUGUGCUUCCUGGCACUUUUUAAACAUUUUCAUUAUUGACCAUCACAACAGUGUAUCACAGUAAUUUAUUUAUAUGUCUGUCUCCCCUAGCAUUUCUCCUCAAAGACAAGAACCAUGUCUUACCCAUUCCCUGGGUAAGUGCCUAGCAUGGUGGCUGAUGCUUGGAAGGGUGCCAUUAAAUGUUUGUCAAAAGAACAAGUGAGCAUCCAAGGUGGCAGAGAGCAGCCUGGAAACAGCUGACAUUUUGCAUACUUCCCAAUACCAGCACCAUCACCACCACCAUCUCAAUGAGAAAAAUAACAUCUUUACUAUCCUCUAAUAUUUUUCAGUCUUACUGAGAGAGCAGAAAUGAGGCCCGACUAGCAACACCAUUUCCCAGCUCAAGGACUAAGCUUUACGCAAGCACUCCUUUCAGAAGAUCCACCUAGAUCAGGCCCCACUUUAAAAUAGUGUGUUGAUUUGGGGGGGGGGGGGGGCAUUCUUUACAGUGGCUAGAAAACCCCUGUGAGAAGCCCAAGCCAGGGUUGACCGAGGAUGUGCCAUUAAAGGUAAAGAGGUGCAGACCAAGGCAGAUGGACUUUGGGGGCAUGGAUGGAUGUUUGCCCUGCCCCUUCCAGGGGGAUCGGACCCCCUGAAGGAGCUUUAGGCCCUCAGAGCCAAAGACAGGAUGCAAAUGGAGCUCCCGAGAGAGUGGCUGUGGGACAGGACUCUAGGCUGGCAAUGCCUAGUCUCAGUCUCCCUUAAAGAAGGACCAGGCUGAGCUGGCCCAUUGUCUUGGCCACAGGGUCCCCACCCUUGUUUCCAGUUGAGACAAAGGCCAGGAGAGGAGGUGCAGUGAGCUCCUGAACCUCCAGCUGCUCCACAGAAAGGCCUGCAAGAGGAUUCCAGACCAGGCCCUCACCCACACUACUCUGUGAGUAAGGGAGGUUGAGGAAAAGAAACAGCAUAAGAGUAACCACAUUUCCAAGGGCAUUCCUGAAAAAGUACUUAUCCGUAUUUCUUUCUGAAAAGGAAAGAUGGAUCUGAAGUAGUUGCCACUGUUUCCAAAGCAGGAGGGAAAUGGAGAGGAAGGCCCUAUGCUUCCAACGGCGAUAAUGAUCUGAAAUCAAAGUUCCCCUCAAAAUGCCUCUGAAGUCUCACAUUUCUGCUUAACCCUAGGACUCUGGGUGCCUACCCUCAGUUGCAGAGUGAUGUGUUGUUUGUGUCAUUGUUGAUGUCACCUCCUAACAGGACCUUCACUUCCCGGCUGCCACAGAGCCCAUAUGUAUUGCUCCCCAUGUACAGCCUGGCAAAGUGAAUGGAGAGGGAGAUGCUGGAUUUGUGUAUCACUGGCUGUCAGUUCCUAAUGUUAAACAUCACACAGGUGUGCUAGCAUUGAAUUAUAGAGUGUCACAUACCUGAGUUUGAAAAUAAAAGCACAUUUCCAAACCUUCAGCAGCA